GGGAAAAUGGGGGUAAAAGGAGUGGACACCGCACCCUGCUUCAAAGUGUUUACUCAAUCCCAAAAGAACCUGAAACGCGCUCCGACAGUCAACAGGGCCUCACAAAAGGCCCAUUCAGAGGUAACUGGAGCCCAGACUAACGCUGCCACGUCAAAGCGCCUGCAUGAGCGCAGCUCCAUGCAGCACCAGGAUGUUUGUGCUUUUGGAUCACAAGGACAGUGCCAAGUUAACCUUAGACCAGGACGCGUGAAGAGGAGGAAGCUGGUGUUUUCUGACACUCUAUCCCCACGUCUGGAGGAACACCUGAAGCCGGUGGUUUGGGUGUGUCAGCAGGUUUCAAUGUGCACAGGGUCAGUUGUGUUGUCUCCGUUCCCGGAACAGACUGAGGAGAAGUGCAAGGUGAGCUUCCUGGAUCAACAACGAGUUGCUGCUGAGAGAUCUGAGGGGGAUCUGACGGGUGCAGGGGGCGUCCAUGGGACUGUGGGCUCGUUGGAGAGCAACGGCCCUCUCUGUCAUCGCGCCUCCCAGUGCAGCCAGGCGCACACACUGGCCCCUGUGGAGGAAAUGCUGCGUCUGCGUCCUGGAACGGACGCGCUCCCCCGCGUACCUGCUCGCUGUCGGCGUGGUGCUCCUCCUGGGAGUCUGCGUGCACCUCCUGCCGGAGCAGCUCGCUGCUGCGCAACCGUCCCCCUCAGAGGAGGCGAGAGAGGUGACGCUCCUGAUCUGGACUCAUCCGUUCGGGGAAUAUCGGCAACUUCCGGAUUGUCUGGAGCUGUAUCAGAUCCGAGGGUGCACGCUCACUGACGAUGCGCGGGCGUACUCGCUGGCCGACGCCGUGCUCGUGCAUCACCGGGAGGUGGCCGUAGGUGAGGCUGACCUCCCGGUGGAGCCGCGGCCACCGCGCCAAAAGUGGAUCUGGAUGAACUACGAGUCUCCCACGCACACGCACGGACUGUGGCAGCUGGAGGGGGUGUUCAACCUCACGAUGAGCUACCGGACAGACUCAGACAUCUUUUUGCCGUACGGUUACUUGGCCCCCAGGGGUCUGCAGGGGCCCUUUGCGCAGCCGCUCUCGCGGUCUUUGCGCACCCACCGCCGCGGCCUCGUGUCGUGGGUGAUCAGCAAUUGGUCCGAGAGCCACGCGCGCGUGGCGUUCUACUACCAGCUGCGCCGGUACAUCCCGAUCGACGUGUUCGGCAGCGCGGGCCGCCCGAUACCCAAAGGUGCCGGCAGCGUGGUGCAGCUGCUGCGCGGCUACAAGUUCUACCUGGCCAUGGAGAACUCCCAGCACACCGACUACAUCACGGAGAAGCUGUGGAACGCCGUGGCGGCCGGCGCCGUCCCGGUGGUGCUGGGUCCGUCCAGGAAGAACUAUGAGCGCUUCCUGCCGCCGGACGCCUUCAUCCACGUACAGGACUUCCCCACAGCGCGCCACCUGGCCCGGUACCUGCUGAUGCUCAGCCGCAACCCCGCUGGGAUGAAGCGGCACCUGAGCUGGAGGGGGGGUUACAGCCUGCACCAGCCCACCUUCUGGGAUGAACACUACUGCACUGCGUGCAGGGCGGUGAGGAAGAGGAGAGGGCAAACCGACGAGGUGGCAGACCUCACAGGAUGGUUCACCUCCUGAAAACUCCCCCCAAACACCUGCUGAAAGCUGAUUCUUAGUUUACAAAUACUGUCUCAAAGAGACAUUUUUUAUAUGAAAAAAGAAGGAAAUGUGAAGGAUACAUGUAGCAUCAUCCAUAGACUGAAAAGGGAUCUCUGAUAAUCACAAUGCUGCUUCUAAGUUUACAUUGAAAAUGACUUGAGUGGCCUUAAAUACAAAGUGACCUCUGUUUCUGCACAUGAGCAGCACACUGCUCCCAGUAAUCAUCACUAAUUAUUUUUUUUCCUAAGAAAACAUGAAGGGAAGAGAUGCCAAACUGAAGGACAGAAAGCUGGUUGAAGCCAUGCACAAAUAAUCAGAUGAACUCCCAGAAGUCCCUGGGUCUGAGCCUACAGUCUGAGCUGCUGUUAACAGAAAGCUGUACAUGGGUGACGGUCAUGUCACAACAGGCCAUCCAUCCUUAAAAUAACACUUGAAGCCUUGGCCUUGUCUGUUUGUCAUCCUGCUUGAUUGCAAUACUGUUGUCUAAAUAAUAAAACAUGAAGGUAAUUUAAUGUUGAUUACAAGUUUACUCCAAUGGAAA